GUACGAGGACAGCAGCAGUGCGCACGUGUGCAUGCACGUUCACGUUUUAAGAAACGGAGGAAAAGCGAACACGCUUCACUGAUUGAGCGACUUUCCCCACAGUGCGGAGGAAUACAGUGAGCCGUUACAGCAGUGGUUCGUCCUGCUUGCCCGCCUCCAGCCAGCCAGCCUUUUUGCUCAGUAGCAACCUUCCAUUUCCUCUCUCCCUGUAGCGUUAGCAGGCCAACCUUCCUUAACUCAGACAUGGCUGACCAACUAACAGAAGAGCAGAUUGCAGAGUUCAAGGAGGCCUUCUCCCUGUUUGAUAAGGACGGAGAUGGCACCAUCACCACUAAGGAGCUGGGCACUGUCAUGAGGUCACUGGGUCAAAACCCAACUGAGGCUGAACUCCAGGAUAUGAUCAAUGAGGUGGAUGCAGAUGGCAACGGAACAAUUGACUUCCCUGAGUUUCUGACGAUGAUGGCAAGAAAGAUGAAGGACACUGAUAGUGAGGAGGAGAUUAGGGAGGCAUUCAGGGUCUUUGAUAAGGAUGGCAACGGUUACAUUAGCGCAGCAGAGCUGCGUCAUGUGAUGACUAACCUGGGGGAGAAGCUGACCGAUGAGGAAGUAGAUGAGAUGAUCAGAGAAGCAGACAUCGAUGGAGACGGACAGGUCAACUAUGAAGAAUUUGUUCAGAUGAUGACCGCCAAAUGAACUGGGCUCACAAUGUUUCACUUACCUCUUAUUGCAAAAAUCUACAUUUACUCAUACUGUUAUGUAUAGACAACUUAAACUGAAAUGUUGGAAAAAUGAAAAUCUGUUCAUAUAAACAAGCUCAAAAAAGGUAAAAAGACAAUACGGAAAAUUCUAAAUGAAUCUGCAUGUACUGGCUUGUAUUCCCCGCCCCCAGCGCUGAGUUGCCCAAUCAGAUCUCUACAUGUUAGACAAGCAUCCUCUCUGCAUCUGGCUGAUUGGGCCACUGCUCCUCUGCUUCCUGGUUCCAUCUGCCUGAUGUUCAUAUGGGCUGUUCAAUCGCCUUUCUUCUAUGACUUCCUGUUUUGUUUAUCUUUUCUGUUCUUCAUGCAUGCAGCUUUAGAUGGGUUACUGUUGAGAGCCCAAUGGCAGUCUGUUUGGGGUUAGUUAAAAGAUGGAUGGCAGUGAGUGAAGCAGCAGAACCUUUGCCGUUUGCUUCCCUUAAUGAAGUCAGUGACAAUAGAUAUUUUUAAGAAUUUUUUUAAAAUGAAAUAAAUAGGAACUCAUUUUAGAUUCAGUGUUUCUGGCAUGUCAGGAUAAUCACUUUAUCCUUUUGUGUGUUUACCUUUUUUGAGGGUAAAGCUUGGGUGGGGCAAAGACUCAAGCCCCUUGGGUGUUGGAUGUGUAUCAGACUAUUAGAGGGGUUGGGUGGGCUUCAAAGGUGAUGACAUACAAGAGGGACUUUGAGGCAAUAUCGGUAUCAUUAAUAUGUUUUGAGUUGGAGAUUUACAAACAAUGAAUCUGUAGUUAUCACUGAAGCAUGCUUAUGUACAGUAUAUUGCCUCAAAGGUUGCAUGUGUUUCAUGAUUCUCCGGGGGCUUUAAUUUCAGUAGUGGGGACAGGGUCAGGGCUUUGCAGCAUUUCUAUCUUGUUUGUGUGCGAGUUUGUGUGUGCGUGUGUCUGUGGGUGCGGCGAGGCCCGACCCAGUCCAACUGUUCGGUCCAGUUCAGUUGAUCUGCAUUCCAAGUUGUACAAGCUAGUCUUUACAUUUUGUUUUUCCAAUAAAAUACCAUGAACUAACAUCUCG